GGCGACGGUUUUCGAUGGAUCUAAUGCGAAGUUUUCUCUUUCUAAAGAAAGCUUCCAUGGAAUCAGACAACAACUUGACCAUCUGAGACAUAACUGGUUUACCGACGAUGACUGCUUCCAGCGGUUCUCACUUCAUCUUCCUCCAAACCUCAUUUCAAUCAUUAGUAGAUAGAAAUAACGGCAUCAGUAAUAUCAAGUUUGUGAAAUCAAAGCCUCGAUCGACAAAGAUUUCGUGUUGCAAGCGCGGAUCGAUCGAUUUUGACGAGAGAACGAGUCCGAUUGAGGUGAAAAGAGAGAUAGAAAGAUGCUAUGAACUUAUACAGAGGCUUGGAAGAGGAGUAGUGUAUUUAGGUUCUUCAAGAAUGGGAGCUGAUCAUCCUCAUUACUCCAACAGUCUGGAAUUAGGAAGAGAGAUAGCAAAUCUCUUAUCAUGUACAUCAUGGACGGGAGUCGGUCCAGGUCUAAUGGAUGCUGCCAUUAAAGGUGCAAUGCAAGCUGGAAAGCCAGUUGGCGGAUUUAAGAUUGCUAAAGAAGCUGGAGAAUGGACGACAACGAAUAUCCAUCCUUAUCUUCCAUCUGAUACGUAUCUCACUUGUCGGUUCUUCUCGGCUAGAAAACAUGGAUUGGUGGAUGCAGCUGUUAGGAAUGAUGAAUCAGAUAGAACAGCUGUGAUUGCUCUGCCUGGUGGAAUUGGGACUUUGGAUGAGAUAUUUGAAGUAAUGAGUCUGAUUCAACUUGAAAGAAUUGGAUCAGAUUUUCGUGUUCCGUUUUUGUUGAUGAAUUACGAUAAUUUCUACUCGAAGAUGCUUGAAUUCCUUGAGGAUUGUGAGCGUUGGGGGACUGUUUCGAAAGGAGAAGUGGAUUCGUUGUGGAAGGUAUGUUCGAAUAAUUCUGAAGCUUUAGCAUAUUUAGCUGAAUUUUAUCAUCUUCCUCAAACUCGAAUUUGAAAACAAAAGAAGAAGAAGAUUUUGAAAACAGAGGAAGAAGAAGAUGAUGAAUAAGAAAUGUAUCAUUCAUUGUUAAACAAGUCUAAACAAACUUAGACUUGAUUAAAAUGAGAAACAAACACUAGUUUAUAUAUAUUAUUAGUAUUAAGAUCA